AAGAAAAGAAAAGGGUAGUGGACGAGGGAGCAGCAUCGGUGGCAAUGGCACCAAAGGAAAAGAAGGCACCCAAGGCCCCAAUUCCCAACCACCACCACCACCUCCCUCUCCUUCUCAUCAGGCAUUCAGCUCUCCUAUCCCAAAAUGCUUUGCUUUCCAAGCAAGCACACUCCUCUCCGAUCCCUUGGCGAUUGGCUCUCGUUUCUGUCAGUAGCAGCAGUUCCCAGUAGCAGCAGCUAGCUGGUGUGGCAGCAUCUGAUGAUCUCUCAUUCUUCACUGCUGCUGGUCUCUUCCCCUCUCAUCUCACAUUUUCCAGAGCCAGGAAGGAGCUGGAGUGCUGAACUCCAAGAAGAACCACCUACCUCUCUUGCUUCUCUCAUCUCUUGCCACAAUUAUUGGACCAAGAAAUUCAUGAAGAUCCUCUGCCGGUGCUAGAACCUCGCAGUAUGGCAACUCGUGGGUCGCAGCCUACAUGGGUGCCCUAUGAGCCAACCAGGGACUGCUCCCAGGGCCUGUGCAGCAUGUACUGCCCGCAGUGGUGCUACUUCAUCUUCCCGCCCCCGCCGCCGGCCUUCGACCUCGACGGCUCCAACUCCGACGACUCAUCCGGCCCGACCUUCUCGCCCCUCGUCAUCGCCAUCAUCGGGGUGCUGGCGAGCGCCUUCCUCCUCGUCAGCUACUACACCAUCAUAUCCAAGUACUGCGGCACCUUCAGCUCCCUCCGGAACAGGAUUCUGGGCUCCUCUCACCGCCGCGGCGGCGGCGGCGGCGGUGGCGCCGACGGCGGAGACAAUUCAAGGAGCCAGGAGCCGUGGAACGUCUCGCUGUCAGACGGGAUGGACGAGACCCUGAUCAACAAGAUCAUGGUGUGCAAGUACAAGCGCGGCGACGGCUUCGUGGACAGCACGGACUGCUCCGUCUGCCUCGGCGAGUUCCGCGACGGCGAGAGCCUCCGGCUGCUGCCCAAGUGCAGCCACGCCUUCCACGUCCCGUGCAUCGACACCUGGCUCAAGUCGCACUCCAACUGCCCGCUCUGCCGCUGCAACAUCGCGUUCGUCACGGUGGGGAUGGUCUCGCCGGAGCCGGAGGCGGCUCGCGCUCCACGAGAGGACAGGAGAGAGAACCACCACGAGCUGGUCCUGACAAUUGACGACCCGGACCAUGUGCACGAAGAGCCACAGCACAUGGUGACCGGCAACAGCGGCGGCAACCAGGAGGCGAAGGAUGGCCCGGGGAGGCCGGAGGACGCGCAUGGCAUACCCGAGAUCAGAGAAGAUGGCGCCUUGAUGCCGCUCACGAGGGCGCCGUCGUCGUUGUCAGACACGCACCGUGAAGGCCGCAUGUCCAUCGCCGACGUCCUGCAGGCUAGCCUGGAAGACGAACUGAUGGUGGCCAGGGAGAGCGGACUCCUGGCAGGCUCCUCGGGAUCCUCGAGACGGUGUCACGGGGAGCACAGCAAGGACGGCGGCGGCCGCAGCGGCCGAGCAUUGCCGGACGGUGCAAACAUGAAGAGAUUGGCACCAGCUGGGAGAUCAUGCUUCAGCAGCAGGAGUGGCAGAGGAAAGGACUCUGUUCUUCCAAUGUGAGGCAACCAUGGUGGUUCUUUUAACUGGGAUGCAUAAUGCAUGGCAGGACGAUACUUUUGUGUGUUCUUCCGGUGGAGAUCAAAUGAUCAAUGUGCCAGCUGCAUCUGUGCAUAUGGAUAUGGACAUUUCAUCCUGUUUUGAUCACUUCCUGUGAUGCCACAUUCUGAAGAAUCCUCCUGCAAUGCCUGGUGAGUGGUGAGAUCUCCUGCAUGUUUCUACUAGAUAACUGUAUAGGGCUUGAAAAGUUUUCCUUUUUCUUUCUUUCUUCCAUAUUGUUACCCAUCUCUAUACAACUGGGAUCUGCUCCAGAGCAGCCUCUCUGGAUUAGUGAGUUAGGCAUUAGAUCAAAGACUCUCCAAGUGAGAAGUGUGACACUUUCUGUUCUUUUUCCACCAUUUUUUGUGUGCUUUUGAGUUUAUCACUUUAUCUUCCUAGGUGUCAAUGUGGCACAAUUUGGGGAUUAAAUGAGAACCAUGGCCAAUUCAGCAUGAGUCA